UAUUAAAACCCCUAAAGAUCUCAAAAAUUUUCAAUCCUGCCACUGUUUACAUUUCAGCCUUUUCAUUUUUGGUUUCACUGUUCACUCUCUCUCUCUCUUCUCUCAAUAAUCGGUUUCUCCCUCUAUCUUCAGAAAUCAAUAAAAUGAUGCUCGGAGUUGGACCCGCUUGCAACCCAAACCAAAUCCACUGCUUGGUUCAAUGAUAUUAGUUCUGGUGAAAGAACUUCCUGCUGUUUGUGAUAGCUUGAGUUGCUUUGUGAGUAAAGGAAAAGGCUAAGCUCCACGUAGGAAUUAGAUUACAUUUAAGGACUGUCAAAGGAUGACGGUUUUAAAGCGGUAUGUGCUCCGGUUGUUCAUAUCUAUAAAGUACAUCACGGCAAAUGUGGUGGACAGAAAUAAUGGACGAAUUGUUGUAACAGCAUCAACAGUUGAACAUUCUAUCAAGGACUCACUUGAGUGUGGUCGGUCUUGCAAUGCAAAAGCAGCUGCUGUUGUUGGAGAGGUGUUGGCUAUGCGACUCAGGGUGGAGGGUCUUGAACAGGGGCAGGGCAGAGGGAUUCAUGUUGAUUUAAACAAGGAAAUAGAGAAGAAAGGCUUUAAAAACCGCACUAAGAUCUGGGCCAUUGUCAAUUCUCUUAGGAACAAUGGAGUCAAACUUAUUUUGGAUGAUGAUGAUGAUAGUACAUCCCGGCCAAGUUAAUAAAAAAGGUGCCUGCAUACUAAGUCUGCCCAUAAUGCAAGCCUGAUGUUUGAGGAAAACUAGUAGAUGCACCUCGGGAUUGUAGCACCUUAGAGUUUUUGUAAACUUCGAAGUGAGGGUUAGAAUAGUUAUUAUAUUUUUUUUUUUACACACAUUGGCAGGGUGAAAAAUACAUGCAAACUAUAUUUAUUAUUCUCAAAAAGGCAUGGGUUGCUUUAUGGAAGCCAAUGAUUCAAGGAGGGAUGACUUUUAAAAGAUUUGACGACAUUAAUACAACCUUUUUAGCAUAGAUGGUUUGGUGGGUGUUUCCACCUAAAAAUUGUUUUUGUAUUUUACUGUUCAUUGCUAAAUAAGAUGUUAGAUCCAAUUGGCUUAAA